AUGUUUACCACGACAGCAGAUGUCGAGCCCGAUAAUCCGCCGUCUCGUAGGCCUCCGGUCAGAGUUGCCUGCCUUUCCUGCCGCGCGUCCCGGAUUCGCUGUGAUGGCCAAAGUGCUUGCUCGAACUGCAUCGCGAAAGGCCACACAUGCGUCUACAUUCCGAGCAGACGGGGAGGACCACGGUAUAGCAGAAAAACGGCCAACACAGCCGGCUCGUUUGAUGGAAAGCGCAAAUGUGGAGGAGGUCUGGAAGAACUAACCUCAUCGAACUCUGAUGGAGAUGAAUGGGUGAGCCAUUUAGUAGGCAUGAGUGGACCGGGGGCCGGACUGCGCAGUAUCGACACACCGAUGGAGGAGAUUGAAUCCAUCUUUGACUCUGUGUUUGCUCCUAUCCCAGGAGAAGCAGCACAUGAGCUGGAUCGCUCGUUGGCGUCAGACCUAGUCCAACUGUAUGGGAGUGAUGAGGAUGUACUAGAUGCCUACUACGUCUUCAUCCAUCCUUACCACCCCAUUCUACCUCCACCCGAACGGUUGCCCGUAUAUAACCGCCCCUUGUCUCAGUGGCCAGAGUUUCGGCCAUCAGGUCCGCUCAGUCUAGCUAUCUCUGCCCUCCUGGUCCUCAUUCCACAUCCGAAUGAGUCAGAUCCAUUGAGAGCAGAGUAUGUGAAGCUUCGCAGGGGUUUUGCGCAAUCUUUUGCUCGAGAUGCCCUGAACGCUGUAGAGCUUGUUUCCAGUCUGCUGAACCCAUCGAAUAAUGUGCUCUGUGCGGAUAGAGCACAGUUUCAUCCUAAGGUGCCUUUGCAUCUAGAAGGAAUUCUAGCUCUGAAUCUUCUGAGCGUCUACGAGUACGCACAGCGAGGGGAUUUAUGCAAAAUGGCCGACAGAGCAAAUGAGGCGCUGACAUCGGCGAUGAAAUUGUCGUUGCAUGAGUCUCUUGAGGAGGAUGAAUACGCGGAGGCCCGGCGGAGGACCUGGUGGAUGACGUACAUGGUGGCGUGUCAAGCAGCCAUUGUGAACAGCAUGCCUGCAACAUUCGACCCGUUUGACCCUCAUUUUGUGACACCACUUCCUGAGGGAUGGAAGGUUCCUGUCGAGGCGCAACAGACGCUCCUUGAGACAGUCGUGUUCAUGACUGACCUCGAGCAAACGAAGGCUUCCGGUCAAAGUGACUCUGGAAUACGGGAGCGAAUGUUGAGUCUUGAUUCUCAGAUUGGAUCAUUGCUUUUUCGAUGCAGAGACACGCGGUGUGCCCCCAAGAUCGCACCCACUCGAGUGGAAUCUCCAGAGGUCGCGGCCUCCCAGAUCAUGAUCACCAUAGCAGAGAUUCGAUUGCACACAGCCAGAAUUAAGGCUCACAGACUUUGUGCUUUUCAGGAUAUUCCCAGUUUCCAUCAACGACAGUACGAAUUCGGACCAUCUCCCACUGUAUCUGAAUCGAAGAGCCAGCCCAAGUCUCCUUCUGCUAGUGGAACAGAAAGCAGCCAGCCUUCAACUCCUUCAUCAAGCUCACCUCUGCAUUUUCCUUUCUCCUCACACGAAUCCUCAAAAAUCUGCUUCCAUGGCGCCCUUAACAUCGUCACCUUACUGAACAACCUUCCUUUUCCUAACCCGACCAACCAGAUCCCACUCAACAGCCCUCCAUAUCUCUCCCAGGCAACCCGCGUCGAGAUUCCACGAAGCAUACUCACCUUUGCCUGCUGUGGAAUGCAAUCCGGCUAUGUGAUGUUGAUGCUUUGUCUCAAAGCACGCGCUCUGCGCGAUCGCCGCAUGGAGGGGUCCAAUUUCGCAAACACCCCCUCUUUGACUGCUCUUUUGAACGAGCUGCAUCAAAGCUUACGGCUACUUGUCAAGUGUUUGAAUAACUGCGCACUCGCAUUUGAGGCACUUUCUGGAAUGAGAGACCGAAUAGCUCAAGCGAUGGAGCAAGAAUUGCAGAGGUAG